UAAAUACAUUUAUUGAGAUACAGUUAUGGGUAAGAGAAAGCUAAGUACACCUAAGAAUCCUGAUGUAAUGUCCCUGGAGACUCCGAGCAAUGAUCAGACACUUGACAAGGACUAUAAAGGUAUGGGUGUAGUGUACGUAGGACACAUUCCAAACCACUUCCAAGAAAAAGAGAUGAGACAGUUUUUUGGACAGUUUGGUGACAUUCUGAAGCUAAGAAUAUCUCGCAGUAAAAAAACAGCUAAUUCUAAAGGAUACUCCUUUAUCUUGUAUGAGAAUGAAGAAGUCGCGAAGAUUGUGGCGAAUACUAUGAACGACUACAUACUAUGUGGCAGAUUAUUAAAAUGUCAGUACAUACCAAUGAGCAGAGUCCACAAGGACACAUUUAAAGGUGCCAGCCGACCCUUCAAGAAAAUAGACUGGCAAGGCAGAGCUAAGGUUGAGCGCAACAGGGUGAAGACAACAGAAGAACAUCAGAAGAGUGUUAAGCGACUUCUUAAGAAAGAAACAGAAAGGAGGAGGAAGAUCGCUGCACUUGGAAUUGAUUACGAUUUCGCUGGAUACGUAAGUAUAACCUAUAUUUGUAAUCUGAAAGUAAAUAUAGUCACUAGAUUCGACUUAUAUCAGUGAAAUUAUGGUAUGGUCAGAAGACAAACUUGAUAGAAACGAAAAUAGAGAACUUUCAGACGUAAGCCUCAAAAAUGCCAAUUCCUAGCUGUGCAAAGACAUACUGGAGAAUUUAUCAAAGUUCUCUCUUUGUUCUACAAAACCGGGUAUAUUUAUAAUACACCUCAGUUAUUUAAAGAUGCCAUAUAAUUUUGCAUAUUUUGAUCGGGUACAUAAAUACUAUAGCUAUUAGCAAUUAUAGCCUGACAAGUGACAAACGUUAAUAAGAUAACAGUUAGUGUAAGGAAGGCGUGUAAACUGUAUCUCAUUUUCAUAUUUUAUCGAAUACAUAACACCCCAUUUUUCUCAACAAUUUAUUGAAAUACGAAAAAUAUCAAUGUGACAGAGUACUGCUAUACAUUAUAAUUUUUGAUAAACUAUACACAUAACAUCAGCUUCAUCUCUGGGUGAUAAUUAAUGGUGAUGGAAAAAAGCAAGAAUUCAUCGUACAAAAAUACUGCUGAGCGCUUGUCCCUUGGGUCAUAUGUUUAAGUUGGUACGGUUAAAAUCUCAAUAUCUUCGCCGUUCCAUGGGAAUACAACUCAAUUAGAAGAUAGACCUUUAUUUUAAAUUAUAAACAGUCUUAGUAGACUCACUAAACUAGCAAAGCUAAAACUAAAGAUCCUGUGGUAUGCCCUCCAUUAUAAGUUUGUUCUGCCCGAUUAGGUUUCUUCUAACAACGCAUACACCUCUAACCUCCUACUACAAGCCUGCAAAACACUACACAUAGCCUCAUAGUCAUUCACCAGCAGGGACAUGAACACUGGUCCCUUCGUCGUCCUCUCAAACAUAUUCCACAAACUGAAGCUCUCCAGCCCGACUAUAAACCAGUGAACUACUUUGUGGGAUAUCUCCAGAUCAUCUCCGGUAGUUUUAUCAGUUUCAUAGGAUACCCCGGUGUGGGGGUCUCUCUCCACUGACAAUCUCAGUUUGAACGCGGGGUUCAGGCCUGGUUUGCUGGUCAUAGGGAAGGUGAAGGAGGCGUACUUUCCGUUUCGUAGCUGCUGGACUAGAUUUGUGUUACAUUUGUAGCAAACUGUCGUGUGGUUGUUUUCUACUAGGGGAGCUAUCAAGGGAAUAUUGAACUUUGACAUGAUGAAUUGUCUCAAGUACUUUAUUUGAAUCGGGGAGGUGUUCGGGAGAUCUAGUUCUUUCCAAAUUUCCAUAAUAUCAGACUUUUUUGGCUCGGCGUGCUCUGUCCAGUCCAGGAAUAGUUCAAUAAACAGGUAUUCAGGAAGAUUGAGAGAUUUCUUGAGCUCCACAAACUGUCUCCGGUCAAACGAUCGCCAAACUUUGUUAUUGAGUGUCUCUUGUAUUGAAAUUACAGGAUUAUUGAUGUCGACUGCCUUUAUCAUCUGGGUAUUUCAUGAUUAUUCAAUUGUAUAACAUGAACAAUGAACAUUUUAUUUCUAAAAUGGAUACUAUUACUAAGAGCAAUUGUAACCAAAUAUAACCACGGUUAAUUCAGUUAAUAACAGUUAUUCAUACAAUCACUUGAAAAGUAACAAACAUGUAAUGAACCUGGUUCAUAACUCUCUUCAUCAGGCCACUCUCCAACUUUCUUAUCUGUUGGGUAGUCUCUCGUGGCAGUUC